CAGUUACGUAUGCAUAAAACUAUUCAAGAUGUUGUUAUAUUUGCUAAAAAGAUUCCUGGUUUUACUGGUUUAGACCAAGAUGAUCAGAUUAGUUUGAUAAAAGGUGGAUGUUUUGAAGUAACAUGUGUUGUUUGUGCACCAUUUGUAGAUAAUGACAGUAAUACUAUUUAUUUAUUGGGGAAUGGAACUUUAAUAACUCGAGAAGAAAUGAAGAUUGGCUUUCCUCUAGGAGAACAUUUUGUGGAACUACUAUUUAAUUUAUGUAAUCGUUUUAAUGCAUUUCAUCUCUUGGAUUCAGAAAAGGCAUUAUUUAGUGCUCUAGUUAUGAUAUCACCAGAUCGUCCUGGUUUGAAAAAUAGAGACAAAGUUUGUAAGUUACAAGAAAUGUUGAUUCAAGCAUUACAGUUUGAAAUAUCAGAUUGUCACCCAGAUGAAGUUGGUUUGUUUCCUCGUUUAUUAAUGAGUAUAUCCAGUUUACGUGAACUUGGCGUUGAACAUCGACGAAUGUUAGAAUCACUUAAGGGUCAAAUGAGUUUUCCUCAUGACCUAUAUGCUGAAACAUUUGAUCUAGUGCCAUAAAAAGUUGUUAUGUUAUGUUGUUAAAAUGACUCUCCCGGUGAACCAAUCAAAAUCUGUAUUUUUGUUUGUUAUUCAAAUACUCCUUAUUAUUUAUUAAAGGGAACAUCUUGGUUGGUUAUAUUUUUUCUCACUUUAUUUUUUUUGUUUUGUGUUUGCCUCAAUGUAUCCGGUGUGUACAAUUAAUAGAAUACAUGUGCUUUAUAGAUAUUUGCCUUAAAUCUUGAAAUAUUAUAUAUUAUGAUUAUGUGUAUAUUUAGAUUUUAAAUGAAACUGCUCAUUUAUAUUAUUACACUUUGGGAGCUUUAGCAUACUUUAACUAAGAUUUGGUUAGCUACAUUUUUAUCAAGUUUUUGUGGAAAGAAUAGAAAUUUAGGAAUAUGAAUCCAUUUGAUUAUGUUCUUACGAAAAGAAAAAAUUGCAAAAAAGAAAAAAAAAACUGUUAUUAUUUGAUACCGGUUAAGG